CUUUCUUUGUAUAAUUGUUUUAUUGUUAGCUUUAGCUAAAUAUGAGCUAUUGUUAAGCUAUGUUUAUGCAGUCAGACUGUGGAAAUUAGCUAACGUGUGGUAUAUGUUUUUCUGUUUGUAACCAGCUCUUACGUUGGUUUUGGGAUUUUCAUUAAAGUGUGUCUCACAUCACAUCAAGUGUGAGACCAUCUUUCGGUGGGAUAUGCUACACUCACUCAGUAAAAAGCGUUUUUACUUAUUUACAAUAAAUCCCCAGCCUGACUUUGAUAUUUGCAAAUUAUUUCUAGUGUUUCUAUUCUAGUUAUAUGAUCAUAUUAUUCACAUUUCACCUUGUUAAAUGUCAUUUAAGGACGUCGCUAGAACCGAAACGACAUGCAGCUAUCAGCGUUACUUCUCAUAGCAUUUUAGGUACGCAACAACGCUGCUUUUAACUACUAACUCCGCCUUUUUCACAUGAACGCGUUCGGGAAAACCUGGGUUGACUUAACGAGUUCACAACCAGCGUCGUAACACCGCUCAGAAUCCAGAUUGUGUUUGUUAGGUUUAGGAAAGCCAGAUAACGAUAAGAUAUCCUGGAUGUUCAUCUUGCAUCAUAGUGCAGGCCUCGGAGAGCAUGGCAUAACAAUUUUCGUAACUGUAUAGUGGAUUCACAUAUUGUAGUAAAAUGACUAAUGACUAAAACAGUUUUGAAUCAAUUUCUUUCGAAAUAUUACAAUUCAGGGACCCAAGUAGACUAGGAAUGGUAUUUACGAUAUUCCGCGGGAAUCAGUGAAGGCAGCAUGGAUGUAUUUGAAUCAUAUGUGUUGUUGUCAGUGAGCAGCAUCGCAUUCAAAGCUACAAACGGAUUGCUGUUAACUUACAUAGUCGAAUUAUAACAACAACAACAAUGAUAAGUGUUUAUGCAUGAAAAGACCCCAGAAGCUAAGCCAUUGACGCUGAACGAAGGCAGUUGAAACGCUGACUACUACUACUCUCCUAGUGGUGGAUUAGACUGGUCACACAUGUAACGCUGGAUAUAUUUCAAGGCCUCAAGCCAUGCCUCGGUACGCAGUUGAGCUGUGAAUCCACGAAACGUUACUUCGACCCAGUGACGCUCUGGCGAGGUAGCCGCAACACGGGCAACUCCGGACUUUCCCCUCUUGUGUGAAAGGGCUGUGUUACAGACAUGCACCCAGGAUCUCGACAGGGCUAUGUAUCCAUUAGCUUUGUUGGACAAGGAAGUGGAAACUACAAUAACAGUAAACAGUGGAGGAGGCAAUCCUGCUGGAGGAAAUGGAAGCAGCUGUCCAGGCUGCAGCGGAGCCUCAUCCUCUUCACCCUUGUUCUUCUGUUUAUUUGUGGAAUUGCUUCCUAUCCUACUGUCACUGAACAAUUCAGAGGCCUUACAGAUGGAGAGCAGGACACAGACACUAACAGCGUCCUGAGGCCCAUCACCCCCCAUGUGUUGCCAGAGCCUGUCAAACAGGGCCAUCCAUCACUGCCAGAACAACUUUCCCAGAGGAAAUUAUCCAAUAAGAGAGGGCCACCCGUUCUUCAGAAUCGUCUUCAGAGGAAUGGAAACACUUCAGAUACAGCAGUCGAGGACAAAGCAGCUGAUAACAAGAAAAAGAAGAACAGGGAGGAAGAGGGAUUUGUAAGUCCAUUGGUGAUUUUCAGCUGGCGUGGGGCGGUGAUUGACACUGAUAAGGCCACAGAGAGUAUCAAGGACGGGGAAAAGGAGGAUUCACCUGCCAAACAAGAAGUCAAAUUAUCGAAAGAGCCAGAAGCUGGCUGGUUGAAGGCGGUGCAGGAAGCCUUCAGACAUGCAUGGAAGGGUUAUAAAGAUUUUGCUUGGGGCCAUGAUGAGCUCAGGCCCAUCUCCAAGUCCUACAAUGAGUGGUUUGGCCUGGGUUUGACACUUAUUGAUGCCCUGGAUACCAUGUGGAUCCUGGGGCUUAAAGAAGAAUUUGAAGAAGCAAAGGCGUGGGUGGCCACAGAGCUCACAUUUAACAAGAAUGUGGACGUCAAUCUGUUUGAGAGUACUAUUCGCAUCCUGGGAGGCCUGCUCAGUACCUAUCAUCUGACUGGGGAUACUCUGUUCCUAGACAGAGCUAAAGACAUUGGCUCCAGGCUGAUGCCAGCCUUCAAUACCCCAUCCAGGAUCCCCUACUCUGAUGUGAACAUCGGGAAAGGUACAGCCCAUCCUCCUCGCUGGACCUCAGACAGCACUGUGGCAGAGGUUACAAGCAUACAGUUGGAGUUUAAAGAGCUCAGCCGCCUCACCCAAGAACCACAAUAUGAGGCAGCAGUGGCUGAGAUUAUGAAUCAUGUCCACAAACUGGAUGGCAAGGUGGAUGGUCUUGUACCCAUGUUCAUCAAUACAAACAAUGGACAGUUCACCCAUCAAGGCAUCUACACGCUGGGAGCCAGAGCAGACAGCUACUAUGAAUACCUGCUGAAGCAGUGGAUCCAGGGAGGCAAGAAGGACAACCAGCUCUUGGAGGACUAUCUGCAGGCCAUAGAGGGUGUAAAGAAGAACCUGUUGCAGAAGUCUUCUCCUAAUGGCCUUACCUUUGUUGGAGAGCUAUCUCAUGGACAGUUCAGCCCUAAAAUGGACCAUCUAGUGUGCUUCCUGCCGGGCACUCUGGCUCUUGGUGCUCACAAUGGCUUGCCUGCUGAUCACAUGGAUCUGGCCAAACAGCUGAUGGAGACCUGCUACCAGAUGUACGUCCAGAUGGAGACAGGCCUCAGUCCAGAGAUUGUUCACUUCAAUAUGCAUCAGGGCAGCACCCGAGACAUUGAUGUAAAGCUUGCAGACAGACACAACCUACUGCGACCAGAGACAGUGGAGAGUCUCUUCUACCUGUACAGGUUUACUAAGGACCGCAAGUACCAGGACUGGGGUUGGGAGAUUCUCCAAAAAUUUAACAAGUACACAAAGGUUUCCUCUGGCGGCUACACUUCCAUCAAUAAUGUGCGUGACCCAGACUACCCGAGCCCCCGAGACAAGAUGGAGAGCUUCUUUCUGGGAGAGACCCUGAAAUAUUUGUACCUGCUCUUCUCAGACGACCCCAACCUCAUCAGCCUAGACCAGUAUGUCUUCAACACUGAAGCUCAUCCUCUGCCUAUAUGGCCUUCCGCUGCGUGACACACACAUGCACAUACACAGGAAUUCAAAUGGAACGUAUAUUCACAACAAAAAAUCUCAGGGAUAGUCCAACACUAAGAUGACAGGUUUGUCUCCUCUGUCUCAGUAAGUGAACUCUGCCAAAACAACCCCGAACACAGAUGGAAAAAGCCUCCUCUCUACUGAAAAAAUGACACAAGCCUGAUUCAGUGUGUGGCUUGUUUAUUCAUUUGACUCGUCAUUUUUGUUAUGUGGACCUCUGGUCGGUUAACACUCAGAUGGCAUCAGCACUGAAGAAACAUUUGGUUGUUACUGGAACUGAAGCUGUCUGUGUUGGGUUGAACUGAUGCAGGUUGAUUCUGAUAUUCUCAGUUUAAAGCUACUCAUAACUCAUAUUUUGCUCACAUUUGUGUAUGCUCAGUUUCUAACGUAGCAAAAUGUUCCCUGAUGGCAGUCACCAGCUGUGUGAACUGAAACCAGCCACUGCCUGCUGCACCUGAACCUGAAUGCUCUGUCGACAUGUUCACACGUGUGUGUGAUUCUUGCAGGGAUAUGAGGAAAAAGCUAAUUCCUCUUCACACUGUAUAUAGUCAUUAAGUGCUCUGGCUAGAUUUAUUCUCUGAUGCUGAAUCUUGCUGAUAGGACAUGAGCACGCCACUGGUCCAUGACACAUGCUGCAUUCAUGUCAUACAGGACACCAGCUUUUACAGCAUGAAAAUCCCAAACAGUCAUUUCAUUUUGAGGAGAAAACAUUGUGUGGAAAGUCUGACUUGAUUAAUGUCUGUCACUGACCUUUUUGCAGCUACAAAGGUUUAACAGACAGAAUAUAUGAUGGUAUAUUAUAUCAGUUUGUCAUCUUGUCAGAGAUUGUCUUGUCAUACUGUUUAUCAGUGGAGGUAGUAGCAUUCAGAUCUUUUGCUUUAUCAACUAACUGUGAUAAGGGUUAAUGUGCUUCUGACUCCAUACAAAGGAGGAUAAGCAAACCAAACCAAACUGAUUUUUUCCAACCUAGUAAGGCAACAAGAAAAUCUAUACAGUAAUGUUUUUGUAAAUUAGUCAAUAAAGCCAUUAAGUACAAACCAUAAACCCUUUAAAAGUUUUCUUUUAAUGCACCGUCAAAUCCUAACAUGAAUAAACUGAAGUAGAGAUAUAAAGUAGCAUUAGAUGGAACUAAUCAUGUUCAAAUUCUACUUCAAAAUUGUAUAAUGAUAGAAUGAAGUACCUCACUUGUCAGGUAUUCAGACCCCUUCACUUUUUUCAUAUUUUCUUAUGUUGCAGCCUCAUGCUGAAAUUAAAAAUGCUGACAGAAAUAUUCAGCCCUUUGCUGUAACACUUGUUCCUCCCAUUUCUUUUUGUUAUCUUUGAGAUGUUUCUGCACCUUCACUGGAGUCCACCUGUGGUAAAUUCAGUUGGCUGCACAUGAUUUGUAACAGUUGUGCAGUGGUUAGCACUGAUUUAGGACUUGAAAAUGUAUGAAUGAGUCUUUAACUAAUAAUUGUCUGUGAGGCAUCAAGUCCUGCUGUUAAAUCAAAGUGAGAAACUGACAGUGAGGCUGUAGGUCUUUCAAACUUGUUAGGUGUGAAUGAAACAUGGUGGCAACCAACCAUCUGCUGGCGAUGAACUCUGAACUCUGAUGUUAUCAACAAGGGAAUGUCAGGUGUGUGUAAAUGAUGUUACUAAGAAUCCUCCAAAAAACACAAGUGUGGCUGACUACAACAAUGUCGCUGCUACUUCCAGCUGUUACUCCCAUACGACAUGAAUGCAGCACCAGUGUCUACACAGGACACAGAUGAACUUGGUCUUCGUCCAGUUAUUGCCAAGCAGCAGAUUUACAGCAGCUUUUGUUUUAUGAGGAAGGCAAUGGGUUUGUAACAUCACUGAUUUUGUCAGUGGGGGUGGGAAAGCUGCUCCUCUCACUUAAUUUCAUUCUUUUAUCAUUUUCCUUUGUAAGGUUUUGGUAGGGGUUUUUGUUAAAAAAAAAAAACUGUUAAGACUUUAAAUAUAAAUUUAGAAUAAUAUGUUAAUUUGUAGUGUAUAUUUAAAGUUGUAAGUGAAGCUAUUGUAAUUCAACAAGCUCAGAUUGUGCAUUUUGUUUAGUUUUUGUAGUAGCACCUGCAACUUUCAGUCAUUCCUAUAAAUACCACUAGUUUACAUCAUAUCUCUACUUGUUACUUUUGGGAACUUUGUGAAUUUGACUUGAGACCAAACUCAUUUUGUAUAUUCUGUGUUUUUCCUCAGGUGUGCCUUUAAUGUUGCAUCAGACAACAUUCAAAAGACAACUGUUUAACUGUUAAGGUUCAUUUCUAUCCAUAUAGCUAUUUUGACAUGUGCAUAUGUUGCUGAUUUGGUGCAGUGUAUGGUUUUAGGACUGAUGUUAGUGAUUUUGGAGCUAAAUCAUGAUGAUGGAUUAAGUUCUGUGUUAGCUGCAGCCACCAAACAGACUGCUCUUGACAGCAGGCUGCACACAGACAACUAUAGCUGUGACAGUACAGAAACACAGAUUUGACAAGUCACAAUCAGUGCCCAAAUUCUCAUCAUAAUUUAAUUUACGGUGGUGUCACCAGAAAGCCCAUUAAAGUGUAAUUUGCUGGAGUGAAAGAUUCAAAUCUCAUUUAGACCAUCCAAAAAAAAAAAAAAACCCUGAAAUUUGUAAAAUGCACAAGAAAAGUACACCUUGUGCCUGGCACUCCAUCUUGGAACAGCUGCUAUAGUUGGGGUGGGAGGCCCUGUCAGUCACCAUUUACAUAAUUCAUAAGUGAUACAGUCUAUUUGAACAUGAUAAAAUGGUCUGAACAUGGAUUUACAGAUACUGUUGCAAUUACACAUUAUCUGUGUUAGCAGACGAACAUCAAGAUCAAGAUUGUAAUGUUAGUUACAUUACAGUCAACAUAGUCACUCGUUUACCAGUGAUAUUCUUGACCCAACAUCUCUUUUCAGUGUCAGUAUUCCUCUGUAGGCUUGACAGAUGGCUGUCAAAUUUACAGUAGAUUUCUAAAAAAUGAGGCUUUGCAAUGGGAAAGAUAAAGAAACUGUAAAUGUCACCAACUCCACACUGACUACACCCUCUGUUUUUUGUCAAAGAACAAAGCAAAACUUUACAGCCAGCUGUCAAGUCCACAGGGGAGAAGGGGGUAAGUGAGUGAUAAUUCCAAACUAGAUCUCUGGUGGAGCAUCUUCAGCUUCAUUAAAUCUUCAGCAGCUAUUAUGCCUUGUCAAGAGCUGAGCAAGCUAGAAUCCUGCAAAUAACUAUUUUCACCUCACAGACAUUGUUGUUAUUGUGUUGUGUGUCUAAUGUCCUCUCUCAGUCCCAAGUGUGAUCUCUGUGCUGAUGCUGUGAAAUUAGGAUCUAAAAAUAUGUGAAUGUGAAACAGUUUUGCUCUGAUGGAGAGGCAGCUGUGGAUGCAGCUGCAUUGGUCUAGUGUUUUACUUCUGUUUUCUGAUUUUUUUUGUUUGUUUGUUUGUUUGUCUUUCCAAACUUUCUCAAACAAAAAAGUUUAUUACCUGGGGUAUAAUAAACGCUGGAUCUGCUUUAA